GCUGAAUUUUCUGAUGACCUUAACAAUACAUAUACGCGGUGGAGAAAAUUUAAACAAGUAAUGUAUGAAAAAUACGCAGAAGUUAUUAGUAAGAUUGCACAAAUUUGUCCUUUGGAAUUCCUCAGUAUUUCAUGCAAUAGUAAAGGUAUAAAACAAACUAGUAAAUUUUAUAAUAUGAGAGAUACAACUUUAUAUAAAAUCACAGAUUCAUGCCCAAAUCUACAAUACCUAAAACUUGAAUCUUCUAAACUAUCUGAUAUAUCAUUGGAAAAA